AUGUUUGUUUGUCUGUGGACGUGGGAAAUUGUAGUUGUGGGGAUGGAGUGGGUGCGGCUCGUAUACCGCCGAGGCAUUGAAAGGAGGCCUGUGUUGUGUUGUGUUGCAAUUGGACAUUGUGUUGUCAUGGGUGGGACUUUGCGUUGUUUGGUGUUGCCGGGCUUUGCAACGGGGCCGGCAUCGGUGCGUGUGUGUGUGUGUGUGAGAGGGAUGGUGGAGGAAGAUACUGUAGGUGUUGAAUGGAGGUGUGUCUUGGAAUGCGAGGCAGGUUUACGCUUUUGUGGGGACGGUGCAUCAGAAGGAAUGUUGAAUUGCGAGUACAUGGAAGGACAGCUGGAAGAAAGGGGAAGCAUCUCCAAGCGGGCGGCGUGGCAAGGGGCAGCUUCGGUGUCAGAGUGGAUAUUGGAUAUUAUAGUGGUGUGGAUGGAUAUUCGGGAAGAUGGAAAUGUUGAUUACGAGACUAGGUGGGGAGGAAGUGGUGUAUGGUUGGGUGUGUGUUUGUGUGGCAUGGGGGUUGAGAAUGUUAGGCAAGAUGGAUUUGGCUCUUGUGUUGGUGAGGCGUGUUUAUUGGGGGGUUGA